UUAUGUCUGUCUUUUUUUUUCUUGUAGGGGGAUAUGAGACUUUCUACUCGGAAUAUCCUGAUUGUUGCGUGGACAUAGAACCCAUUUCACAAGAGAAGAUUGAAACGGAGAGAGCCCUCAUCAGCCAGUGUGGGAAACCAGUGCUUAGCAUCAGCUGCAGGCCAGCUUAUGACCAGGGCGGCCCAGUUGAAAUCCUUCCGUUCCUCUACCUUGGAAGUGCCUACCAUGCAUCCGAGUGCGAGUUCCUCGCUAACCUGCACAUCACUGCCCUGCUGAAUGUCUCACGGCGGACCUCCGAGGCCUGCACAAGCCACCUACACUACAAAUGGAUUCCGGUGGAAGACAGCCACACGGCUGACAUUAGCUCCCACUUUCAAGAAGCAAUAGACUUCAUUGACUGUGUCAGGGAAAAGGGAGGCAAGGUCCUGGUCCACUGUGAGGCUGGGAUCUCCCGUUCACCCACCAUCUGCAUGGCUUACCUCAUGAAGACCAGGCAGUUUCGCCUGAAGGACGCCUUCGAUUAUGUCAAGCAGAGGAGAAGUGUGGUCUCGCCCAACUUUGGCUUCAUGGGCCAGCUCCUGCAGUAUGAAUCUGAGAUCCUGCCUUCCACGCCCACCCCCCAGGCUCCCUCCUGCCAAGGGGAGGCAGCCAGCUCUUCGUUCGUGGCCCAUUUGCAGACACUGAGCCCUGACGUGCAGGGUCCCUACUACACAUUCCCUACCUCGGUGCUGGCGCCAGUGCCCACGCACUCAACGGUCUCAGACCUCAGCAGGAGCCCCAUGGCCACAGCCACAUCCUGCUAAAACUGGAUGUGGGAACCCACCCAGCCCCAAGAACAACUGUGAUUUUGUUUUUUAAACUCGUGGACAUUUCAUACCUGUGCAAUACUGAAGACCCCCCCUCUGUCCUGCUGCCCCAGUGGGAUGGAUAGCGAGGGGUCACCAGGCUUGCAAACAAACUUCAGACUGACCUCGGGGAUAGGCUCUCGGGACCGAAGGAAGGCCAAGCCAUUAUGAGAGCACAGCCUGUGCUGACUACUGUACUUCCAGACCCCCUGCCCUCUCAGGACUGCCCAGUCCUGACACCUCAAAGUUCGCCUUUUCAUUUCAAACAUAAGGCAAUAAACACCUGCAGCAACAUGGGAGAGAGCAGUUGCCAGACCGGGAGAAAAGGCAGUGAAGAAGCCAAUUCAUUCUGAAGGAAGCACAAUUUCCACCUUACUUUUUUAACUUUGGCAGUCUCCGUAUCUGUCUCUGUCGCUUCAGGGAAUAAGCUGAUCAUGUAGUCAGGAGAGUAACCCUACAGGGUUUGUAGAGACCCGAUAUAUAUGCUGAUUUCAACCCUUAUGUCUUUUUGAGAUUCCCUCUUGGGUCCCACGGAGGCAAUUUGUUGACGUAGCAAGAUGUUGACACUUCUGGGUUUGCCUUUUCACUGUGGGCUCUUCCCUGACUUUGGAUUUUGGCAUGACUCUUACUCAUACUUGAACCUUUCUUGUUACACCUCUACUCAAAGCAACUCUUGUGUCAUUUUGAAGAGAGUUCUUUAGACCAUAGGCCAAAAAUCACCCGUUUGAGGUGGUGGCAGUGGGUGCAAGGAGGAAAAGGGUACCUACUGUCUGGGUCAGUGUCAUGGAUGUGGUCUUUUCCCCAGCUUGCUGUCCUUAUAUGUGAUUGUCUUGUCUCGUGUGACACUUGGUUUUUUUCCCCUACCCCUGGAGGUUGUCUUUAAGCUGUUAACUUCUAGGAUUUGUAGGUUUUGCAGUGUGGUACUACUAUUUUUGUUUUUUAUCUGUAGGUUAUUUCUCCAGGGGAAAAGGCAAUAAUUUCCUAAAAUCCAUAUGAAUGUGAAGAAAAGCAGUAUGUUACUGGCUGUCGUCAUUUUUUUUUAUAGUGUAAAAUA